AUGAUGAAUCUUUCUAAGAGAGUGGAAGAACUGGAAGAAGAGCUUGGGAUUGUAAAACAAAAGAACAUGAUUCUGCUUGAAGAGAACAAGUUAGUUCAUGAGAAACCUGUUAAAGUGGGAGUAAAUCUUGGUGAACGCCAAGAGCCUGCUGGAGCACCCAAUGGAGAUGUCCAACAGGAAUCCCUAGCUUGUACCAAAGUAGCUCUAGUAGAACAUGAAAGAUUGCUUGGAGAAAAACAAUCUGAAAUUGUUCGACUUACUGCAGAACUUGGAAACAAAGAAACUGAAACUAAAGCCCGAGUGGAUGAGAAGGAGAGUGAAAUUCAAACUUUAACAUCCUCUUUAAAUACUCAAAUUGGGGAAAUUGAAAAGCUUAGAGAAGAAAUUCAGGCUUUUAAAAAUAAGAAUGAUGAAUUAAGAAAAAGGAAUUGGAAAGCAAUGGAAGCUGUAGAAAAAGCUGAGAAAUCUGCUGUGGAGAAAAUAAGUAAUGCUGUAAAAAAUACCAUGCAAUGCCAAUCACUAGAUAAAUCCGUCCUGAUGCGUAUUUUUCCUGACAUAUCAGUUACAGAAUCACUGGAACAUGAUAUAUGGCUAAAAUCUUUUGAAGUUGAAGCAGUUAAUUAUAUAAAAGGCUUGAAAGAAACAUCAGAAUCUGUAAGAAAACUUGAAAAAGCAGAAAUGAUGAAAAAAGAACUUGAAAUCAGAUUAAAUGAAUUGGAAAAAAAAUUAUCAGAAGCACAAAUUUCAAAAUCAGAAACAGUGGAAGAUCUUCAUAAACAAAUAGACAUAUUGACAGCUCAGUUGAAAGAUUCUACACUUAAAUAUACAGAGCUUCAGACAAAUUCAGAAGAAACAAAAACAAAGCUUGAAGAUAGGUUGAAAGAAUUGAAAUCAGCAUUUAGUGAAACAAAGACUUUGUGCAUGUCAUUAAAGGAAAAAUUGGAAAAUGCUCCCAUAAAUAAUUCCACAGAAGAAUAUGAGAAACAAGUAGACACAUUAAUGGUUCAGUUGAAAGAAUCAAAUGAAACUGUUGCAAAACUUGAAACACAAGUAAAGAAAUAUCAGAAUCUUUUAAAAGUCACAGAUGACAAAUUACAGGUGCUACAAAGAAGUGUAGAAGAUGAAGAACUGAAAUGGAGGCGAGAACAGCAAACCUUACAGAAAUCUUUAAUGGAAGCACAACAAGAAUUAGAGGAGUUGAGAAAAAAUCAAGUUGACCAAACUUUUGCACAAUCAUUAGAAGCUGUUAACUCACAAACUGAAAAAGAAUAUAAACUCUUACGUUUACAAGUGGAAGAAGAUGAGAAGAAAGUACGUGACCUUUCACAAACAAUUGUCAAAUUGAAUGGAAUUAUCAAGACUGGCCAAGAUGCUUUGUCUCAGGAACAGGAACUUGUUUGUAAAUUAAAGCAACAAUUAGCAGAAAAAAAUUCUACAGAGUCACCAAGUGCAGCACAAGAAGUUGAAGAGCUGAAAAAAAAAUUAGCCCAGAAAGAGAAGGAAGUUGAACAAGGGCAAUUGUAUAAUAAUGCACUCAGUCAAAAACUGGCAUCUGCUGUCAGUAGUAAUGAUGUUGGGACUUCAGUAUAA